ACUACUUUUUGUGAGAGAUUGCGGCUUCACGGACUCUUUCACCAUGUGGUCAGCUGAACGUGAGAGAUAGUGGAAGGUUGAAACGAAAAUAAAAUAAAAAGAUUGAGUGUGGAAAAAUUAAACAAGUUAGUGGAGCAGCAGAACAGGGCAGUGAUAAUGUUUCACGGCGAUUAACUGCGAAAAGCAGUAAUUUGUGUGAUGUCGACAAUGUUGAAUCCGAGUGGGUACAGAAAUAGAAAUUCAACCCAAGAAGUGGCCGAGUGAAGUGUGUUUACAAACGGUUGAUACCGUAAUGUGUGAACGGAUUCCGAUCCAGCAGCAGCUCAUCAGCUGUCACUGGGUGCGGAAGUGGAAAUUUGUGGAAAAUCUGGUCGCGUGGCGGCUGGUGGUGGCGUGUAUCAUGCUGGUGGUGAUCCUUCACCACCCUUCACCGGUCAGCGCCACGUGUCGAAAGCAAGAUGUAAACUCGUGCGAAGCGAUUUGCGUUCCCGUCACUGGGGGGACCACCUGGGGGGAAAACAUCACGACCGCUGUUGACGCCCCCCUGGAGUGGCGGUGUGAGUUGCGGAUCAUCGUGAUCAUGCCCACCAACACCAGCAUCGAGGCGUCCCUGCCGCGGGUUCAUCCGGUGCUGAUGAAGGCCGAGGAGGAGAUCCGGGCGCGGCAAAUAAUUCCACCCUCGGUGGCAAUUCGGUGGAUCUUCUACGACGACCAGUGUGACCAGGCACGGGCUACCGUGUCGGCCAUGGAUGGCACUGGGAGAGACUGUGGUCACGUCAUUCUCGGUCCCACGUGUGAUUAUGCGUUAGCACCUGUGGCGCGCAUCGGUCGGUUCAUCUACAACGACGGAAUACCUGUGAUAACUGGCGCCGGCUACACGUUCGACUUUGUGCAGAACAAAACCCGCUGCGAGGACGAGUUCUUCAUGCUGAUUCGGACCGGCUGGCUGAGCUUUAAGCGUAUCGCUUACUUCAUGAUAGAUCUGCUGAAACACUACAAAUGGAACCGCGUGGUGUACUUUUACGAGCGCAACUCGUACCACAACGUGGCCGGUCCCAACACGGGUCACCUGGUGCUCAGCACGAUGGCCGAGUUUUUCCGGCGGGAAAACAUCACCUACCUGCCUUUCUCCACCGACUCUGCCCGAAGCAACUUCACCGAGAGCCUCAAGGAGAAGGUUGGCUUCAGUCAUUCAAGUGAGUACUAGUACACAUCGUUCGUUCGUUCGUUCAUCAAAGUCAGCCCCUCGAAUCGGAAAUCAUCGCCGAUUUUGGCAUGACGACGGACCCCC